AGGCGGUGGACGAGGUCAGCUUCAGGUUCUCAGAGCUGGUUCCUGUGGUGCUGAUUGCCUGGCUGACAGGCUCCACUCCCCGUGCUGCACAAUAAAGAGUCUUUCACGCCCAGACAAGACUACACGGCACCGCUAUGAAGCCAGGUCACGAGCGCAAUCAGGAGUGCCUGCCUCCCAAGAAGAGGGAUCUCAACAACAGCACCAGUAGUAUGGCCUCCACUCAGAGCUCAGGGGUCAGUAGUGACACUCAGGGAGGAGGCACAGCAGAGGAGUGGCUGCGUGCUCAGCCUGGUCUACGCUAUGGCGUAGAGAGUGCUGAGGGCCUCCAAGGGCUGCCCGUUGACCAGUACAGCAUGCUCUAUAGGGUGGCUCUCCCCUCUGUCUCCUACUCCCAGACCAGUCUACACCCAGUGUUAAGCCAUAUCUCUCCAGCUUACACUGUCCCCUCAUCUCUCCUACAGCAUCAUCCAGGGAUCUCCUAUCCCCCUCUAGGCUAUGCCCAGAUCCCCCACUCCUCUUUCCAGUUUGUCUCCCCAUACGGUGCAGUCCCUUAUGCAGUCCCCCCUGGCUUUGUCCCCAGCUCCCUGAUCUCUCCCUCGGGCACCCUCUCCCAGCCCCACCUGGUCCCCUACCAGUCAGUCAUCCAGGAGGGUGUGGUCUCCCCUUCUACCCAGACCCAUGUAUCUGCCCAUGCCUUUGCCAAAGUGGGGUCGUCCGGAGGGGUCCCGCUGAUGCUGACCUCGGAGCAGACUGUCCAGCACCUGGGCUCGCUGCCCGCCGCAGAGCUCAGUCCUCGGGGAGUGCCAGUCUUUUACCACUCUCAGGGCACCAGGGCUGCGCCUGCCCCCUGGGACCCCUACAGCGGGGAGCAGGAGACAGACAGGGAUAGAGAGGUGAAUGGAGGGGAGAGGGAGCAGGCAGCCAGGGAGAUGCUCCAGGACUCAGUCUACAUUGCCAGGAAUGCACGGCUGCUGCAGGUAGCAUCCGCCUCUGUUGCACUGGAGCAAGCACAGGACAGAAGCCUGAAGAGCCGCAGGCUGGACGAGAGGGCUUCGCCUGGGCAGCGCAGCACCCCAGACACUGACCUGGAGGUUCAGCAGGUCGUUGGUCGCCUAGCCUCUCCUGUCCAAGGUGUGAGUGGAGGCCGCAAAGAGGUGUCCUUUGGUCCCCUGAACCUAUCCCAGGGCUCUCAGAGAGGCAGAGAGGCUCAUGGGGAGGCAGGGGAGAGUGCUGGCCGGACAGCAUACGCGAUCCACCCUGCGGUGUAUGGAGACCCCCGAGUGACGGCCCAUCAACAGCAGGCAGGGCAGCCAGGCCACGCGGUCAUCUUGGCCAAUGGACAGACAGUCCUGGUCCCUUUAGACUAUCACCACCUCCCCCACCAACAUCAACAGCCACCCCAGCACUACCCCAGCCAGACCAAUGAUGACACCUCUGCUGUCACCAUGGCCUCCCCCACCCCUUACUCUAAAGCCUCUGAGUCUCCAGCCAGAGUGUGCCUCCCAGACAGGGCUGUGGUGGAGCUGGCCACCGUGGAGCAGCACCCCCAGCAGCCUUUUUCUGUCCCAGUCACGGCAGCCCUCACGCAGGCCCCGGUGCCCACCCCUGCCCCCUCCAAUCCCUCCCAUUUCAUGAAGGGGGCCAUCAUCCAGCUGGCCACGGGGGAGCUGAAGCGUGUGGAGGACCUGCAGACUCAGGACUUUGUGCGGAGUGCUGAGGUGAGCGGGGGGCUGAAGAUCGACUCCAGCAUGGUGGUGGACAUCAGGACCAGCCAGCAGAGACCCGGCCUGGUGGCGCUGCACUUCACAGUGGGCGAGCAGCAGAGCAAGGUGACCAUCGACGUGCCCCCGGAGCACCCCUUCUUUGUGUUUGGCCAGGGCUGGUCCUCCUGCAGCCCAGAGCGCACGGCCCAGCUCUAUGGCCUGGCCUGCCACCACCUGCAGGUAGGAGACGUGUGUGUGUCCAUCACUCUGCAGCAGCCGCCCCAGCAACAGAAACAGCCCCUGCAGCAACAACAACAACAACAACAACAACAGCAGCAGACCCAAGCCAGGACUUCCACCAAAGCCAACUCCACAUCAGGGGCCAUCGGCCAGCCCAUGGGGCCCCCUGCCCCCCAGCAGCCCAGGCCACAGCCUCACUUCAGGAUGGAACGCGUCCACAGAGAGAGGGAGAGGGGGGAUAAAGAGGAGCCCAUGCAACUAGGGGGUGUUGGGCAGAGUGAGAUGCCUACCAGACCAAAUAGGACUUCAGCAGAGCACACUAGGAGCCAGAGCAGUUACUAUUUGCACACGGGGGGUUCUGCUCAUCCAGGGGCGGGGGUGGGAGUAGUGUCGACAGUGUCGAGCGCGUCUCAGAGGCGCUGGUCCGCCCCCGGCCUUCAGAGAUGCAUGAAGGUGGAGGAAGGGGCGCACCCUCAGCUGGGCUCCUCUCGACCCUCCUUCAUCCCACAGGAGGUCAAACUGUCCAUUGAGGGGCGCUCUAACGCUGGGAAGUAGCACCAACCACAGCAGUCCACACCACAGAAGAGACUGUCAGAGGAGCGAUAGCAUCAGAGAGGGGGAAAGGGGAAAAAGAGUGGGAAUGUAGCCUCAGAAUGUUUGAUAUUUUGCACACCUAAUAAGAUUACAAGCUCUUUGUUUUCAGAGGAACUACCUGGUCUCGUGGCUGGUCAGGUCUGCUCUAUUUGACAGUCAGUCUGUCAGUCAGUCAGGACAGCUCCUGGUCCAGUGAUCAGGAGAUUGGGUCUCUGCUCUCCCAGGCUGACAGGGAGCGGAUCCAGAAGCAGGGAGUGUAUGUAGCUGGUGAAUCACCUACCAAAGGCCUCAGACCACAUCUUCCUUCCUCCCUACCAACCCCUCAGAACCAUCCUUAUCACAGGUGAACCAACCCCUCAGAACCAUCCUUAUCACAGGUGAACCAACCCCUCAGAACCAUCCUUAUCACAGGUGAACCAACCCUCAGAACCAUCCUUAUCACAGGUGAACCAACCCUCAGAACCAUCCUUAUCACAGGUGAACCAACCCCUCAGAACCAUCCUUAUCACAGGUGAACCAACCCCUCAGAACCAUCCUUAUCACAGGUGAACCAACCCCUCAGAACCAUCCUUAUCACAGGUGAACCAACCCUCAGAACCAUCCUUAUCACAGGUGAACCAACCCCCAGAACCAUCCUUAUCACAGGUGAACCAACCCCCAGAACCAUCCUUAUCACAGGUGAACCAACCCCCAGAACCAUCCUUAUCACAGGUGAACCAACCCCCAGAACCAUCCUUAUCACAGGUGAACCAACCCCUCAGAACCAUCCUUAUCACAGGUGAACCAACCCCCAGAACCAUCCUUAUCACAGGUGAACCAACCCCCAGAACCAUCCUUAUCACAGGUGAACCAACCCCCAGAACCAUCCUUAUCACAGGUGAUCGCAUUCACUGGACUUUCUCUCUUCUUUGACCAAACCAUCUCCUCUGGAAACCCAAGACUGGGGAGAAUAUAUAGCCCAUGUCUGGUAGACAGACAGGGUCUGACCGUGACAAGAACAUAGCCAUCCUAUUAUGCUCUGUCUCCCCCCACAUUUCUAUUUUGGUCUGUUACCUUCAAAAGCGUUCUCCCAAAAAGAAACAAAGACUAAAGGCGUACUUGCGGUGCUGAAUUGCUGCUUUUCCCUCUGAUGAUGUUGGUUCUCUUGAUGCAGACUUGAUGCAGACUCUUGACGUGCUUCUCUAGUAGGAGCAGAGGACUUCUACCAAGGCGCAGACACUCCCUCGCCUCCCUGCCUCUCCUCGUUGGGCCCAGUCUGCUGAGAGAGGGUCUGAGAGGAGGGCAGGCAGCCUUAGAGGUCUUUCAAUCAGCUCCUUCAAUCAACCAAUCAGAACCUAGGAAACCGCUCACUCCUUUCGUAAUGCACAAACCACACUUCCCCGUUUUUCAUUUUACACCCCAACCCCACUUUGUGCCACGGUUACAUGUUAGUUUUCCUUUUGAAAGAAACCAAAAGAGAUCAUGCAUUCCAGUAUCAUAGUGAUUAUCAGAGUGACCACAAGACAACACUCAUCUUCCCGAAUGCAGCCCUCCCUGCCUGCUAUACCUCUCAGCAUUCCUCUGCCUGGCUGGUGACUGUUCACUGUCAUUGUAUUAGUAGGCACCACUACUGGAGGCAUGGGCUGGUCUCCACCAAAGUCACCUGUGAGAAUGAAGCCUGUAUGGAGCAGUACUGGCUGCAGCCCCUGGGCCUAUGAGGGGGAACCCUGUGUGUGUUGGAGGGGAUGGAGUUGGCCCUGCUUCAUACCUUUUUCACACUAUUGUCCCAACACAAACUGGGGGGAUCUUUUGGCCUGCUUUCCAGUGAAUAUAUUUAGUUUAAGGUUAGCCUGCCAUUUUCCAGCCUGGUUUAGGUUGUUCAUGGCUAGCUAACUAUGUGCCUCUGCUCAUUUAAAAGCAGGAUGGCACUAGAUAUGUUAUCUGGCCAGCUCAGCUUACACGAUUGUGUGAAAUGGGUAUAUGAGUCCAGCCAAUCCUUGCUCAGUUACCAAAAUCAAAGCAAUAGUGGGUUUUCUGUGUAUUUUAUUGUUUUUAUAUAAAUAUACAGCUUCCGUAUCAGACCUAAUACUAUCUUUAACCCUGACCUGAAACGUUCCUGCUUUUCAAAGGUGAUGCACAAUUUGGCUCUGAAAUGUUUUGUUCUUUGUAUGGUUAUUACAGAUUCACAAUCAAAGCAUGCCUUUUGAAAACCAGGCAUUUCUUCUGGAGAGAAUAGUCUCAUUUUUGAUGGACUGGCGGUUCGGGCUCUGAUCCUCACUGAUAGUAUUCGUUAUGGUUUUAUAUGGCUACCCUAUAUGGUUUUAUAUGGUUACCCUAUAUAGUUUAAAUAGUUACUCUAUAUGGUUACUCUAUAUAGUUUAAAUAGUUACUCUAUAUGGUUACCCUAUAUAGUUUAAAUAGUUACUCUAUAUGGUUACCCUAUAUAGUUUAAAUAGUUACUCUAUAUGGUUACCCUAUAUAGUUUAAAUAGUUACUCUAUAUGGUUACUCUAUAUAGUUUAAAUAGUUACUCUAUAUGCUUACCCUAUAUAGUUUAAAUAGUUACUCUAUAUGGUUACCCUAUAUAGUUUAAAUAGUUACUCUAUAUGGUUACUCUAUAUAGUUUAAAUAGUUACUCUAUAUGGUUACUCUAUAUAGUUUAAAUAGUUACUCUAUAUGGUUACCCUAUAUAGUUUAAAUAGUUACUCUAUAUGGUUACCCUAUAUAGUUUAAAUAGUUACUCUAUAUGGUUACUCUAUAUAGUUUAAAUAGUUACUCUAUAUGGUUACCCUAUAUAGUUUAAAUAGUUACUCUAUAUGGUUUUAUUCAAGUGCAUCUCCCAGAGAUGCUUGACUCCAAAUCAGUGGUGAGCAUCUUAACUGUCCUCUGUUUUGUCCUCUCCUUUGUCUUUUAAUCUACUUGUGUACAUAGAGAAAUGUUUUAUUUUGUCCAUGGCAAUAUUAUUUCCAGUGGACCUUAAGAUUGUCUUGUAUUGCACAUAGAAAACUUCACCUGUUGAUUCACACUGACCUUGUAAUGGGAAUCACAAAUAGUUUCUUUUUUUAUGAAGGGAAAAUGUUUUUGUAGCUAUUACAUUUUUUGAAGUGUUCUUAAGGUAGUUUUGGCAAUAGAGAAACUGACUUGCAUGGUUGACACUGUUUACAAAUUAGCCAAGACAAAAUGCUGCAGUUUCCUUUUUUGGACACAGAUUUUAGUCACAGAAACUUCAAGUGGAUGAAAUCAAGAUGAAGUGCAAUUAGAGCAGAUGUAAAAAUCCUCAGACAUUUAGUUUGACAUGUCAUUCCAUAAAGCAGCCAGACAUUUAGUUUGACAUGUCAUUCCAUAAAGCAGCCAGACAUUUAGUUUGACAUGUCAUUCCACAAAGCAGCCAGACAUUUAGUUUGACAUGUCAUUCCACAAAGCAGCCAGACAUUUAGUUUGACCUGUCAUUCCACAAAGCAGCCAGACAUUUAGUUUGACAUGUCAUUCCACAAAGCAGCCAGACAUUCCCAUUAGCUUAUGGUAAUUCCAGUUUUCUUUUUUCUUCUAAAAUGUCUUGACUGUUAAUCCUCUUGUCAGAAAGACAUUUCACCUCAGUUUUGUCUAGUUUUAAUGUCUCUGGUCACUUCUGAACCGGUAGUCCUUGUCUGUAAAUGAUGUGUAUUUGUUUUGAUAUCACCUGUGUCAUAAGAUGUGCUCCAACACAGAUCCAAGCAUUAAUAUCCCAGGCUCACCGAUACUGUGUGAGAUGGUAACUGUGUGUUAGAGCAUCUAUCUGCUGGCCUGUUUGUACCUGUAUCCUGGGCUUUGAGCUCUGAGGUGAAGACUGGCGAUUGUGUGUGGUGACAUCCAUCCAAUGCCUUCUAACGGACUUGAGUCCCUCAUCCACGCUAUUUAUAGACAAAUCUAGUUCAUACACCCCUUCCAACCCCACCACCCUACUGCCUCCAGAACAUUUCUGUUGAGUGGAGCCUCCAAGGACUCACGGUUCACUGAGGAUAAAACCUCAGACAGUCUUUGACAACAAGCCAUGAGAGAAUGUUCCUGAAGGAGAGGGGUGGUCCGUUAGGCCUGAUCAGGGCAGAGUCACAUGCCAUUUGACACCGUCAUAACAACCAAUCUGUAAUUCUGUUGAAAUAUAAAUGUUUUUAAAUACGGUAGUGGUGAAAUGCCAUACAGAGAUGAGCUGGAUGAUUUUCCACAGUGGAGCAGUAGACAUUUAGCCAUAAACCGCUCAAUACUUAUUAAUUUAUUUUUUACAGUGAUUACAUUUGUUACAUUUUUUUUAUGCUAUAAGCAAUAGUUACACAGAAUACCUGAAAAAAUGUCAUGCAGUAUAAGCAUGUGCUAUGCAGUAAACUCUGAAGUAUUCUGCUCUCCAGUGUCCAAGUGUACCUAGUACGGGGUAGGACAGGUUUGUAAUGUAUAUAAGAAGGUGGCUGAUGCAGUCAUUGUACACUGAUCUCUGAGUACUAUUGCUUAUCAGUGCCCAACCAUGGGUGUCUGAAUAUAGUGGAUUUAUUUAGUUUUUGUUCAGACCUUUAGUUGUCACUAACCUAAGUUCAGCACAGUGUUUUGUUCCAGUCAACUCAGCCUAUUACCUCCACCGUAUGCUGCCAGGCAGUACAGGCCAAAUCAUGACCAGAGAUGGGUAUGCAUGUGUAACUCCAAAUUUUUAUGUAAAUCUGUUAUUGACGUCUAUGGAUUUGUGCUGAAAUUCAAAUUAUGUGCAUGGAUAUCCAGUUAGAUUUUGGCCUUACGAUCUCUCUUGGUCACGUGUAGCAAUACCUUGUUUAGAUAUGGUAUGAAUGUUAAGGUGUGUAUUCAGCCCUGUAGGGUCAGAGUCUUCUCUUUGGUGAACUUUUACUCUCCAAAAUGUACUGCCUUACCAAGGCCUCUCAGCUGGGCCUGUCUCACAUUUUAUAGGAGAUGGUGUG